UUAUAAAGUUACACAAAUUGCAACGAAUUUCUUUUUAUCUCUUUUGUCUUUAUAUAUUCUCAAAGUUUAUCUACUAAAUUUGAAGCAUUAUGGAUAUUUAUAGCCAAUGUUGGGUAGUAUCUCUAUACAUGUAUCUAGAUACAUGUAUAGAGAUACAUUUUGUGUAUCUAAACCUGUAUCUGAGAUACAUUUGAAUUAGAGUAUUUGUAUCUGUAUCUAGAUACAAAACACAGUAUCUAGAUAAUGAACUGCUUUUCAGAUACAUUUUCAGAUACAUUUUUAAAUACAUUUUCACGUACUUUUUGUCUUUAUUGGGAAAAAAUGUUUUUUAAGGUCAUUUUUGAUUUGCUAUUACUGUCGAUAGCGUCAUUUAGAUUUGCGCAAAUAGUACUUAUGUAUGAAAUAACUUUGCUAAUCUAGUCUAUAGAAUCAUUAGAUUUUGUGCAUAUUACAUACAUUAUUAAUAUUAUUAUUAUUAUUACAAUAAAAUAUAAUUUAAAAAAAGACGAAAAACGCAAGUUUACUCAACAACUCAACAAACAAAUAAAAAAUUCGGAAAAGACAGUAAGAGUUCAGCGACAGGUAUUUAUGCGCCACACAAAAAUGUAAUUAUUUAUUUUAUAAUGCGCUUUUCGUGUUGCGCACAAACAUUUAAAUUUUUCAGAUUUUUUUAUUUGAAUAAUUUAAGAGUAUCUGAUACGUAUCUGAGAUACUUUUAAAGUAUCUGAGUAUCUAUAUACAUUUUGAUUUGUGUAUCUGUAUCUAGAUACAUUUUUUUAUAAGUAUCUGUAUCUGUAUCGAGAUACAUUUUAAAAGUAUCUUACCCAACACUGUUUAUAGCACUGCGUUUUAAUGCAUCAAAUACAUUGCAUUGUAACAUUGCAGUAGUUUUACAUUGUUAUAUUUUUCAGGGCGGACAUUUCAGCGUUGCCGCAAGCUUGCAGUAACAUUGCAGAAACAUUUCGCAAUGUCCAUGCAAUGUUACAAUAUUUCAAUAUAAGGUUUCUGCAAUGUUUUUGUAAUCUUUUGGUGCUGUAUGGGAAGGAAGAUAAACUAUGGGCUAUAUGAAAUAAGGAAAUCAAAGAUAUAAUACUUUUGAGAAAAUAAUUUUUCAUUAAAAGAAAAAACGUUAUGGCGCGUUAUAUUCAAUUUGGUAUUUACAUUUUCAUCCAUAAAAUUUGGUAAGAGAAAUUUCGGAAUAAAGACGCGCUAUCUCAACCAGCGAGGAUUCUUCCAUCUCUUUCAGCGAGUGUGAUGUCUGUGGUGUAGUUGACGAUGAUAACUCUCAGACUUCUGACUCUCGACGGUAAGAUGCACCAAGAAAUGCUAUCUAUCGUUUCGCUUAACUUUUUUUUUGCCAGGGAUCGUCAGAGGUCAGAUACUCGGCGUAUAAUCGUCCGCGUCUCGGACGCAUACGAAAACGCGAAGUUGAUGCCGCGAGUUUUAAUGCAAUUUAUUGCGUUACAUUACUGGAAAUAAGAUCGAGAAUUACGAGAGUGCAGCUCGUUUCCGGCUCAAGACUCUCGCGCAUUGUUUGAUAAUUAGUGAAAAUUGUGUCGGCAAGUUUAUAGGUCAUGGUCGAUAUCGUUAUUUCUCCGAUGGUGAAUCUCGGCUUCAGUUUUGCGCUGACGUCAUUCUUGGUACCUCUUUUUCUUGUCGCGUACGUAGUGAUGACAUGGACAAGAAAAUGUUGGAUACGUUUCGUCAAGUGGAGAUAUCCACGUUACGUUGUCGUGGAGGAGAAUAGUGUUCGGAGCAUUUUGGACCAGGGACGUAAUCACGGCAUAUGUACCCUUCUCGUACAAGGACGUUCGAUCGUCAGGAAUGUGAGCAGCCACUUAGUACAUCUGACUUCGACAAAAAAAUUACUUAAAUCGGUUCUCUCAACGCGAUGGGGCGUAUACGUAUGGGAAGAGCUCGAUUACUUUUCCGUGGACAACCAUCUCGCAAAUUCACCUUGUUCUUUUCGAGGUCGUCCCAUCACCGAGAACAAUAUACAGGAUUAUAUAAGCGAUGUGACAUCCAAGUUUCUUCCAAGGAAAUUACCGCCUUGGCAGGUACACAUAGUCAACUGUUUCGUGCGAGGAGAGGAACGUCAGAUAUGUUUGGUGCGAGCGCAUCACUUGCUUUUGCGACAGGAGCAUCUAACGUUGGCGGAUUUUUUGCCCUUGAGAUAUUCGACAGACAAUUGGACUUGUCAAGAAAGCGAUUCGCCUUUUACGAAUCUGUACGCCCAACCAUCCGCUCUCCCGCGUCUUCGACAGAUGCUAAUCGAGAGUUUCAGCAAUUACUGGAAUGACUUUCUUUACAAUAAUGAUCCUAUCGAGCGACCUGAGAUUCUCAAGAAGCGUAUUGGAGUAUUUCAGUGCGUCAAGAUCGCAGCUAUAGUGCUAGUUUGCACUCUGAAAGAAUUGGUCAGACAGUGGCGAAAAUCAGAGGGAGCAAUGUUUCUGUCGUUCCUGGAACUCCCAUCAAUCAUCCACCGCGAGUCGACCAAGAGAAAUUUCACUAGUCGCUUGAUGUUGGAUUCGGUUGCAAAAUCUUUCAACCCGAUCGACGUUCUCUAUACGUGCGUUGCUCUAGUUUGGUAUAUGACGAUUACGUCUCUUUUAAAAACACCUCUCUUGCUCGCCCGAGAAUUGCGAGCUUUGCAGUCGCGUAAACAUAGACAUUGCUAUCCGGAUACCUUGACGUAUACGCUGUCAUGUUAUCUUCCCCUGAUGUUCCAAGCGUUUUGGGAGGCGUUAUCCAUUAGCUGGAUCGCCGUAACCGCGCCGAAGAUCAUUAUCGAGGAACUAUUUCUCAAGCAUCCGCAAUCGAAUCGACUGCAGACUAUCUCACCGUGCGGUAGAAAGGUAGUUGCUUGGUCAGAGAAGGUUGACGUCGAGCUCAUACGAAAAAUCGCCAACGUGACUGGCGCAACGGAGACGGAGAUUCUUUUAGCGGCUACUGUUGACGCUUUAAAAGAAUACUUUAGGCACUCGGCUGUCAAUGUUCCGGACGAUGUAUUCGCGACCAUCAAGUAUGUGAGUCAACGAGCGGUAUUUCUACGAAAUCACGAGGCCAGGGGGAUUCUCUGUAUCGCCUUACCCACCAAAACACCUUUGUUUGACGAUGAUCUCAUUGAGAUAUUGCAGAUCUCUUCAACAUUUCUCAAGAUUAUUCAACGAAACGUGCAAGACGCUAGAUCUCGACAGAGUGCAAUUUACGCCAUCACGGCAGCGGAAACGUCCUACGGAUUGAUUUCCUCUUGCGUACCGUCCAUCGUUUUGAAAUUACUUUUAAAUCAACUAUCGAAAAGAUACUCUUUAUGUUUAACGCACGUCGACGGGGAUUUACCUGUGGAGGGCAUAGACGGAGCAGUUUAUUGGCGACCACCGCAAGGAAACUGCAACAUGUCUAUGACUCUGCACAGGCAUGGUAAUGGAGUACGCCUUGGUAUAAUGGGAGACGCUUUGAUCGGCCCUCAGCAUUUUGUCGUUGCGAGAACAUUCCCAAAAAGUAUACGAAAUCUUGCCGGUGUUUUAGGCGUGCCGGGAGGAUCCAGUCGAAGUCCAAGUCCUAAUCCGUUCAAUCCGACUACAUCUCCAGGAUACUAAGAUGAUCAGGAUGCUUUAGAUUCAUCAUAAAAAUACCAUAAAAUUGCAAUUUUCCUUCAAUCUCGUAUGCUAUGUGCUAUUUUUUUACAAAAUAUGUAAUAGAUUAUCUUUGAAACAGUGAUUAAUAUAAUUGAUAUCAUCAUAUUUAUAAAAAGGAAUACGGUUUCAUUUUAGCUCGAAAGUGGGGAUGACUGAUGGUAGACCGUUAACUAGACCACUAGCUAUAUAGACCGCUUGUUAAGUAAUAAUUCCAAUAAUUUAAGAAUUUCUUCAUUUAUUCUUCAAAUAUUCACAGGUAUCUUCUAAAUGAGAACCGAAAUUAAAAAUUUAAUGCGCGCAUCGUAGAUGGGAUGGAACAUCAUGGGACGCGUAUAUAUAUAUUUAUGGAGGGACGUUGAUUUAUAUAUUUAUCGUGAAGAUGUUUUAUGUUACAUCACUAUGAAAUGACACAAAUAAAAUCGAAUAAAGCUAAUUUUUCCUGCGAAAUUACACAAAUUUGUUCUUAUAUGUUUUUAACAAAAAUAUUAAUGUAUAUGUUAUUAUUCAAUUGUCUAUGUAUCUAAUCUUUGAAUUAGUGCCGUUAAUAAAAAUUUUUUGACAAAAAAA